CCGAGCCGCCGGGGCGGGGGCUGCUGCCCCAUCCGGGUAUCCGGCGUCCCGUAGCUGUUUUGUUUUCUUGGCUGGGUGCUGGGAAAGUGAGGCGGCUCGGCGCGGCGCCACCCCGGCUCCGAACCGACUGCACUGGCCGGGUAGGACUGACCUGAAAAAAUGUCUGGAUUUCUAGAAGGCUUGAGAUGCUCAGAAUGCAUUGACUGGGGGGAAAAGCGCAAUACUAUUGCUUCCAUUGCUGCUGGCGUUCUGUUUUUUACAGGCUGGUGGAUUAUCAUAGAUGCAGCUGUUAUUUAUCCCACUAUGGAAGAGUUCAACCACUCAUACCACGCCUGUGGUGUCAUAGCAACCAUAGCCUUCCUAAUGAUUAAUGCAGUAUCCAAUGGACAAGUCCGAGGUGAUAGUUACAGUGAAGGGUGCCUGGGUCAAACAGGUGCUCGCAUUUGGCUGUUAAUUGGUUUCAUGUUGGCCUUUGGAUCUCUGAUUGCAUCGAUGUGGAUUCUCUUUGGAGGUUAUGUUGCUAAAGAAAAAGCCAUAGUAUACCCUGGAAUCGCUGUGUUUUUCCAAAAUGCCUUCAUCUUUUUUGGAUUGCAGGAAUCCAAGGCCACCAGAAGGGGAUGGACCACAUGGUUCACCUGAAAGAGUGCUUCUCAG